GUGACGUUUUACCUUAAAUUUGGAUAUCUUUAUUUAGGCUCUCAAACAGGAAGAUAAUAAAUAGUCGAUCGUUAUUGAGAACGAGGCCGCAACCACGAUGUUUGAUAUUACGGUGUUGGCGUGUAUCGUCUUUCCUGUAUUAAGUGUAGUGUUGCACAUCUUUGUUAUAUAUAUCCUCCGUCGUUUGAUCACACAAAUUGGUGAAACUAAUCAAAAACACAAUACAUGUGUGGUUGAAAAGGAUAAAGAAGAGAAAGGGAAUUCACAAAAUCAAACGUUCUCCCUUGACGAUGAAACGGUUUCCUGUAGCUCAAAUUAUUUACGACCAAAAAUCGUGGACAAACAUAUUGUUGUAUUUAGUGAUAACAAUGGCUAUUGCACUGUGACAAAAACACUUAAUACAACUGUUGGUGUAACGGAUGAAGAACAGAAAGGGAAUUCACAAAAACAAACGCUCUUCUUUGUGGAAGAGGCGGUUCCCUGUAGCUCAAAUAAUGUACGACCGGAAAACCUGGUCGAUCGUGUUGAUGUCCGAGGUGAUGGCGUUGCUGGCAUUGCUGGAGAUGCUGGCGAGGUUGGUGGUAAGUUAUUGAGGGAAUGCGAACGCGAAAUGCCGAUUGAGAGAUUAAACCUCUCUGUUGAACCUGAAGGAAGCACAAACGCAUUGUCUGAGAAACACACACAUGCAGUUAUGUCAAAUGUGAAACGCAAAAGAAAGAACACUCGCUGUUAACAUCGCAGUCAUUUUAAAGCGGCUACAUUACCACCGGAAAAGAAAUUUGAUUCUGCUUCUGAAACAUUGUCUCAUGGCAGUGUACGAGAACGGACCUUAUCGCAGAAAAAGAUUGGUUUGCGCGAUGACGUUCGAAAAAACGUCAAACACAACAAAGAAAAGAAAGUUCUUCACAAAUACGAGUUAGAAUGCCAAGAAGUGCAUAAAACAUGCAAUACAAAUGAUUUAGAAAUUAACACCAUGUGUCCAACAUGCAACAUUUUGACGCAUAUACGAGGGCUUUUGGAAUCAAACGAUGAAACAAAGUUUCACCAACUUCCUGCAGAACAAUCAGAGCAAUUUGAAUCAGAUUAUGAUUACAUCGAUGCGGGCCCUGUAGAAAAGGGUCAAGACGGCCGAACGAAAACUGCUCAUACAACAUAUCGGUCGAAGAAUGAACAUACAUACCGGAUUGAAGUUCAUUGUCGCGUUGUGACAAAACGGGGUAUUGCUGUAGUGGUGUUUCGGUUGUUGAAACAUCAUUUUACGAUACCUGGAGCUUUCUGUUCGGGUACCAUUGAAAUAAAACUCAGCUAUCUAGGACCGCUUAAAAACGUAGUUAUUGAGCAUUACUUCAAGCUACAACUACAAAUUGAUUUAAAAGGUCAUGUGAAUCUAUGUUUAGCGAGUAAGUUUGAAGAAGCUGACACAAUAAGAGUAUUCCCAAAUACAAUUCAAGCAAAUUGGAAUCAAAGCUUUCAACCAAUUCAUAUCGAAUCUGUAAAACAUGGUCAAAGAGAGUGUUACAAACAUCAAAGAAAGUACCCUGAUGUCCAUGAUGUCUCCCUGGAGAAAAAAGAGAAACUGCCGGAAGACAUGACGGAAGCAUAUGCAUGUUCCGACAUACGUUUAUGUCGUGCAGACCAACUACUUGCGAACAAUUCAAAAUACAUGAUUGUGCAAGGAUUUCAAAGAAACUACAGUUUGAAUUCGACACGUUUCGACAGGUUAUCUCUAAACAGCAGGCCAGACAAUUUGGCUGUCACAUCUGAGGAGUUGCAUAAAGGCCAAGAAACGACACAAAAAAGUAACGUGUCGAGCGUAAAACAUACUCAAGGCGGGUCAAUUCAGAGAGGGAAAGCCAACUCUAUUUGCGUGGAUUUACGCAAUGAAAUUGAUAUUGGCUACGGCAGUUUAGAAAGUUUAACGGAAGACGUCACUAAUACAGAAAGCGAUAUUGAAGUGGAUACAAUCCCUGACACCCGAGAACAGUUAGAAGAAACAAAGAAUUUGCAAAUACUGAGACCUGAGGAUCUCCAAUGCAAAAGUGGACUUUAUUAUGACGUUCUGUUUCCUGUUUGGUGCUUAACAAAUCAAUCUUCGAAAACGGAUUCUUCAACUUGCAAAAUAGUUCUUAUGACAAUAAGUUUUUGCGACAUAGACUGUCAGUCUGAAAAGCAGAUCGGUAUACAUGUUUUGACCGACAAGUCGUCACUUGAGGAAACCACAAUUCAAUUUGGGGAGCAAAAAACGUUAAUACUCGACCAAUCAGACAGCGAUGAUGGUUACAAUAGUAUGGAUUCUGAGAGUAACAGCAGAAUGUUCGAUGCAUCGGACGUUAGCAAUAAAAAUUCUUACAGAAGUAUUGGUUCCAUAACAUCUGAGAGAAACGAAGAACUAAAGAACUAUGCCAGUAGUAUGUAUGAUGCAUCGGACGUCAGCUACAAUGAUAGUGACAGAAGUAUUGGUUCCAUUUCAUCUGAAUGGAACGAAGAUUACGAAAAUUAUAGCAGUAGUUUGUAUGGAGCAUCUGGCGUCAGCAACAAUGGAUCUUACAGAAGUAUUGGUUCCAUUUCAUCUGAGAGAAACGAAGAAAUAAAGAAUUAUGACAGUAGUAUGUACGGUGCAUCUGACCAUAGCAACAAUCAUUCUUACAGCAGUAUGUAUUCCAUGUCAUCUGCGAGGACUGAAGAUUUCGAUUAUUCUAACAUUAGUAUGUACGGUACAUCGGACCUCAGAAACAACAACUAUUUAAAUAUAGAAAAUGCCAUAAGUGAUGUGGAGUUUCACAUUGACGAUUCAGACUGUCCAAAUGGCAAUUCUAAGAAUACAAGCGUUGGCAUAAAAUGUAAAAUGAACUCAACUGCAACGGAUGACAAAGAAUGGUAUAAGCCUAUGGAGCGUAAAAAAGAAUGUCUCACCGUCACUGUGUCCCCAACACAAGAAUCAGCGGAGGGUGAAUCAGACCACCACAUCCGUAUCAAAGAGAUGAGACAGUUAGUCUUGUCAAUUGGAGAACAAUACAUAAUCAUAUAUGAUGUCAAAGAAGGUUUGCGGACAAUAAAGAAGAAGGGUUUGCAAACAUUAAAAGGAAACCGGAUUUUGAUAGAAGGAUGUUCGUUGAAGCUUUUGAUACAAGGGAAAUACGACAUAAAAGCCGUUCAAGUUGGAAACGUGAACAGAGUACAAAUUAUCACUUGAAAAAGUGGGAUGGCCUACACACACUGGACAAGAUGUGGCAUUGAAAUACCAGAAAAGAUUUCAGCAGGCAUUUUGAAUAUGAAUAAGAAAUAAUCUAAGUAAAUAACAACGGUUAAUAUCUAUUUAUGAUUGUUAGAACAUCUAUCAAACACCUACAAAUACUUGUGUGUGUGUUUUUUUUGGCAAGAACUUAUUUAGGUGUUAAGAUAUGGCAUUUUUAAUCAACAUUCUUAAACAGUGGUAGUGCUGAUGUUGUCAGGAAAGUGACUUGGCAGAUAUUUGAAUGAUUACCUGUAGGUAGGGUUUGAGUCAAUCAUAGGAACAGCCUUUGUAUGCUAAUAUGUCUGAUAAUAUCAGCAAAAUCUAGUAGUAUUUGAAUAACAUUUUACUGACCGUUCCAAGGCGGUACCUAACAAUUCUUGAUAAACAUAUCAAUUAUUUAUAUAUAUAUAUAGUAUUUAUGCACUGUGCUGUUUGUAGAGUUUUGUGCUGUUCUAUGUUUCUUGUUUGUGAAAUUGUGUUCUAUGUCUUUGGCGUUUGCCCAUUGCCACUAAACCGGGUUUAUGUUUAAACUUUUUGCUACUGAGCAUGUUUCUGUAGCUUUUUGCAUAUAUAUUGACCUAAGAUUAAGGGUGUCAAACUGAGCAACAGUCCGUUUAUUUAAGGGACAGUGAUUAUAUUACGGACAGUCUUAAAUCUGUGUUCAGUCUGAAGAGCAAAUAAUUAUUGCAUUAAUGGUGAACUUUGUUUAAUUAUGUAACUAUAUGAAUGUUUACUAAUAUUCACAUAUAUAUUUGUAUCUCAGAUGGAAUAAGAUUAUCUAUUGUUCAAUCAUAAAAAUGUUGUUGUUUUUUAAUCUGAGUCUGAACUGUGUAUAACCAUGGUUCCUGAAACAUUAAUGGAUUGGAUAGAACAUUACACGAUUCAGGCAUUGGCUUUGACUUGUUAACCACAAUAUCAAUUUAAAGUGUUAAACAUUUGAUAUGGUAGCAGCUUAUUACCGUCCAGGUAAGGGAUACAUUGCGAAGGCCAUAUAUGUGUAUUUUUAAAGAAAAUUUGAAAAAAAUAUUAUCACAUUAAUUUGUUUAUGCAGUAAUAAGUUUAUUGAGCAUGUUCACUUACAAAGUGACAAGAUCAUUAAGUCCAAUUACCUUCAAGUAUUUUAAAAUAUAGAGGAGGCAUGUGCUUUACCCUACAUGAUCAUAUCAUUAUGUAUGUAUAAAUUGUACUUGUAAGUAGUUCGUGUAAUGCUUUGAUGAUUUAUUUACGCUUAUGUCAAAACUGGUUUUAUGUUCUGUUAAACCAAAGUUUAUUUUCUGAUGCUAUGUACAUUUUUUCCAUUGUAUUUUAUAUAGUUCGCCAUGCAAUUUAUCUGUAUAAGAUUAUCUUGACAUUGAUUUGUUAUCAAAAUGAAUCUGGUAUUGUAAAUAUUUUGCUUAGGUGAAUUUAAUGAAAUGAAAAGAUAAGAGUUAAUUCAUGUUGUACCAAGCAGAUAGACCAUCAAGAUAUAUCAAUUAAUGACAUUCCUACCACUGAUCUACGUGUUAAGAAGAAAAUGGGACUAAAUAUUCAUAUGGUAAAAGGUCGGUGCAUAUAUGUAAGUCGAUAAGGAAAUGGAAGUCUAAGGCUAAAGAUAGAACGUAUAUUAUAGUGGUGUAUGAUAUUAUAUAGUUUGUAAUAGGUGAACAAUGUUGUAUAAUUAUUUUUGAUAACGUUAUAUGAGUAUUUACAAUCAACAUCUUGGCCUGGAUUUAAAUACAUGAUAGUGUACAGUGUGUAAAUUUAAGAAAAUAUACAUGUUCACUUAUAUUUGGCAGCAAUUCAAAUCACUUGUUGAAAAAACAAUCGAUGUUUUAGAAGAUCAUUCUGAUGCAAAUAGGCAGCGUAGCAAUCUUAUACCAUACACGUUAACAACAAGGAUAUUGUUGAAAAAACUGGAUUAACGUACAUUUUGUUUUGGAACUUUGGAUACUAUUAAUUCAACUUUAAUCACUGGGUAUCAAGCAUUAAAUACUAUAGAUUGUCCUUUAUUGGACCAAUAUAUUAUUUUAUAAAAGUUACAUGAUGUGCAAUUUGCGUAAGUAUCUUAACUGGAAUCCUUGCCAAAAUGUUGGUUAACAUUGAGAAAAGUAUAUAGACGGAGUGUUAUAGACGGUAGGGCGGAAACUGUUGAUAUCGGCCUUAAAGCUGCACUCUCGCAGAUAUACCAUUUUUACAACUUUUUUUUAUUUUUUGUCUUGGAAAGAUCAAAUGUUUGCGUAAAUAUCUGCAAACCAAUAAUAGAAGAUUGCUGACAAAAAUCAGACCGUAGAUUUUCAUAUUUCCGUUCGAAUAUUCAUGUUUUGUGGCUUAAACCGUUACUAACGGUUUAAGAAAAUUGCAUAAAACAUCAAUAAUUAUUUUGGAACUUCAAUAUAAAAUUAUGCGAUCUUUGUUUUUGUCAGCAGUCUUAUAUAACUGGUUUUCAUGGAUUUUCGCAAAAAUUGGCUCGUUUUAAGACACAAAAUAAAAAAGUUGUCAAAACGUUCAAUCUGUGAGAGUGCAGCUUUAAAACGCAUUCGGAACUCGACGGCCUAUUUCUAUCCAAACAACCUCUGAUGUAUAUGGACGGUUUGCAAUGUCAGAAAUCGGUCCAUAUUAACUUCGCUUCAAGAAGAUCGCUCAGUAAUCUCAAUUUGGCAAUUAAACUUGACUUAACUCAUGGAAAUCUGUAUUAUGUAUGCAUUUAUAAUACACCUCUUUUGUAAUCAAUUUAAACUAAGAUUUACAAUGCUACUACAAAAGCACUACAUUUAAUUAACGAUUUAAUUUAAAAUAUUACGAACUACUUUAAUUGUAGUACCGGCAAAGCUCCGAGAUUGUUUUGAUAGAAAAUGGCCGAGGAAUUCUGAAUGCCUUAAAGUGGUGUUUUGAAGAACUUAUAAAUUUUGUAAAUAAAGUGUG